CGAUUAGUUCUGUAAGCAAUCGAGAUUAAGCCGGAUUGCAUCUAACGGUUCUUUGAUGGCGGCGCCGUGGCAGUGGGAAAACGCCACCGCCGGCGCCGUCGCUGGAUUCGCCACCGUAGCUGCUAUGCACCCUCUUGAUGUUGUUCGUACGAGAUUCCAAGUCAACGACGGUAGAGGGUCAAGUCUCCCGACGUACAAGAACACUGCUCACGCUGUCUUCACCAUUGCCCGUCUCGAGGGUUUGAGAGGACUUUAUGCAGGCUUCUUCCCUGCAGUUAUCGGUUCUACUGUUUCAUGGGGCUUAUACUUCUUUUUUUAUGGGAGAGCCAAGCAGAGAUACGCUAGAGGAAGGGACGAUGAGAAACUCAGCCCCGGUCUUCACCUCGCUUCCGCUGCUGAAGCAGGGGCCUUGGUCUGUUUAUGCACAAAUCCGAUUUGGCUUGUGAAAACAAGGUUACAGCUCCAGACACCUCUUCAUCAAACCCAACCAUACUCAGGGCUAUUAGAUGCCUUUAGAACCAUAGUGAAAGAGGAAGGACCCAGGGCGCUCUACAAGGGUAUUGUCCCUGGUCUUGUUCUGCAGGUUUCUCAUGGUGCUAUUCAGUUCACAGCAUAUGAGGAACUCCGUAAAAUCAUUGUGGAUUGGAAAGAAAGGAGAAGAAAGUCCGAUUCCGCUGACAAUCUAUUGAACUCAGCAGAUUAUGCUGCACUUGGCGGCUCCUCCAAAGUUGCUGCAGUUCUUCUUACGUAUCCAUUUCAGGUUAUUCGAGCACGAUUACAGCAAAGACCUAGUACAAACGGAAUCCCAAGAUAUAUAGACAGCUUACAUGUCAUCAGAGAAACCGCGAGAUAUGAAGGUCUCAGAGGUUUCUACAGGGGACUAACGGCUAAUCUUUUGAAAAAUGUACCUGCGUCUUCCAUCACAUUCAUCGUCUACGAAAACACUUGUGGGUUUAAGGUGAACACGAAUUCCCCUGAGUGGCAUAAGAGCAUGACAAAGAUUCUAAAGAAGAUCAAAGGAGGGGAUUUUUUGUUAGACUUGAAUGAAGGAAUAGCAUACAUUUCGGGUGAAGGAGAUCCAAACAAACUAUUAAAACUAAUGGGUUCGAUAAAAGGCAAGGCAGCUGAAAUGACGUUUGUGAAAACCGGUGGACAUCAUCCACAUUAUCCUAAUCUUCAUUACAACUCCAACUCCUAUUACGGCCAGCCACCAUCUUACAACAGUUAUUGGCCGAGUGAUAAUUGUUACUCUCGCCAGCAUCCGCCGUAUUAUUCUCAGUCACUAGCGAUGCACCCUUACCAUCAUCAAUAUCCAUAUCCAGGAUAUAGUAUUUACGGUUAUUAUUAGGAUUUUCAGCCGAGAUCGAGCAUAACCUGUGUUUUGGGGUUUAUUGCUUGUAUCCGACAAAACAUUUUCUUUUGGUUCGAUUUGAAUUUUCUCUCUGCUAUAUUUUUGUAUUAGCAGAGGAGAAUGGAGGAAAUUUUCUCAGAUUUUGUCAUCUUUUUUUUUUGUAAGAAGCCGGUUCUCUUCUGAACUUCUAAUCAAUGAGAACAGACUUG